AUGCCAUUUAUUCGUAGAGCCACUUAUCAAAUUAAUUAUAAUGGACCUGACGAGUCAUGUGUUGUAUAUCGUGGUAUGGAACUUGAUGAAGAUCAACUGGAUUAUUUUAUUCCUGAAAAGGUAUUUCGUUUUCCAGGCUUCACAUCAACAAGUACAAUUAAAAGCGUAGCUAAAGGAUUUGGUAAUACUUUAUUCAAAAUUCGUCUGUUCUCAGAUUGUCCUCAAGUGAGGAAUAUAGGAGAUAUUUCAUAUUUUCCAAUGGAAGAAGAAUGGCUCUUUGUUCCUUAUUCACGUUUUAAAGUUAAAAAAUGCAAAAACCGAGUAAUUACUUUGGAAGCAACUGAUAAUGUAGGAGAUGAUGACGAAUCAACUACAAGUAGUGACGAUUCUCAAGAUACAGACCACCGAUGA